GAAGGGGCCGGGCCAGCCUCUUGACGUCUGUCUGUGCCGGGCUCGGAAGAUGGCUGCGGAGCCUAACGGCGGGCAGCGGCUGCGGCGGCGGCUGCAGGGCGCGGGGAGCGCAGCGGCGGGCCGGGGCUCCGCCUUACCCGCGGGCAGCUGAGCCUCGAAGGACCGGACUAGGCGCGGCGGCCAGUGGCAGCAGCCCGGGCUAGCCUUGCGCGGGGCUCCGCUCUUCUGGGCACCAUGAGCCGCACCGAGGACGCAGUCAAAGAGAAAUUACUGUGGAACGUCAAAAAGGAGGUGAAGCAGAUCAUGGAGGAAGCUGUCACCAGGAAGUUUGUGCAUGAAGACAGCAGCCACAUCAUUGCUCUUUGUGGUGUGGUUGAGACCUGCCUACUGCAUCAACUGAGGCGUCGGGCUGCAGGCUUCCUGCGCAGUGACAAGAUGGCCGCCCUCUUCACCAAGGUGGGAAAGACCUGUGUGGUAGCUGGCGAGGUCUGCCGCAAGGUACAAGAGCUACAGCAGCAGGUGGAGAGCAGGAAGUCAGCAGGAGGGAACCAGGAGGCUCUUCGGAGACAGGGCUCGACUGGAGGGAAGCCCCCCACCCUCAGCCCCCAGGCCCUGAGGCACAUUUGGGUGCGUACUGCCCUCAUCGAGAAGGUGCUAGACAGAGUGGUACAGUAUAUCGUGGAGAACUGCAGCAAGUACUACGAGAAGGAAGCUCUGCUGGCAGACCCUGUGUUUGGCCCCAUCCUCGCCUCUCUCUUAGUGGGUCCCUGUGCUUUGGAGUAUACGAAGCUGAAGACGGCAGACCACUAUUGGACAGACCCCUCUGCAGAUGAGCUGGUCCAGAGGCACCGCAUCCGUGGCCCCCAUGGCCGUCAGGAUUCACCCUCCAAGCGUCAGCCCUGGGACUUCUCUCUGCAGGUACGGAAGCGACACUCAAGUGGGAGUGCCUCCGAAGACCGCUUCGCAGCCUCAGCUCGUGAAUACGUGGAGUCCCUCCAUCAGAAUUCCCGAACACACCUGCUCUAUGGCAAGAACAAUGUGCUGGUACAGCCGAAGGAAGACAUGGAGGCUGUCCCUGGCUACCUGUCCUUACAUCAGUCUGCAGAGAGCUUGACCCUGAAGUGGACCCCCAAUCAGCUCAUGAACGGAACUCUGGGAGACUCGGAACUAGAGAAGAGUGUGUACUGGGAUUAUGCGCUGAUUGUGCCCUUCAGCCAGAUUGUCUGCAUCCACUGCCACCAGCAACAGAAUGGUGGAACGCUGGUGCUGGUGAGCCAAGAUGGUAUCCAGAGGCCUCCCUUGCACUUCCCCCAGGGAGGCCACCUCCUGUCCUUUCUGUCCUGCCUGGAAAAUGGGCUCCUGCCCCGAGGGACAGCUAGAGCCACCACUGUGGUCCAGCAGGGAAAGGGGAAGGUCUUCCCCAGGCUGCGGAAGCGGAACAGCACCAUGAGGUCUAUGGAUCUGGAGGAGACAGUGAUAGAUGAAGGACGGGCCACUGACUAUGUGUUCCGGAUCAUCUACCCGGGCCACAGGCAUGAGCACAUCACUAUUAACUACCACCACUUAGCUGCCAGCCGCGCGGCCUCGGUGGACGAUGAUGAGGAAGAGGAGGAUAGACUACACGCGAUGCUGUCAAUGAUCUGCUCGCGGAACCUCACAGCUCCCAAUCUGAUGAAAGAUGCCGGGGACAUGAUCGAGAUGCAAGGCUUUGGGCCGAGCCCACCAGCCUGGCAGUUUGAGCCUCCAAUUGGCCGCACCUCCUGUCUCUCCUGCUCUAUCAGAAGUUCCCCCUAUGACCCACCCAGCUACUGCAACUGUGCCCAGGACAGGAUGCCCCUGAGACUGCUGUGCGAGAACAUGAAGAGACAGAUCGUGUCCCGGGCCUUCUAUGGAUGGCUGGCAUACUGCCGACACCUGUCCACCGUUAGGACCCACCUGUCCGCCCUGGUACAUCAUAAUAUCAUCCCACCUGACCGGUCCUCAGGAGCUUCAGGGGGGCUCACCAAGGAUGUGUGGAGCAAGUACCAGAAAGAUAAGAAGAACUACAAAGAGCUAGAGCUUCUGAGGAGAGUGUACUAUGGGGGUGUGGAACAUGAGAUCCGCAAAGACGUCUGGCCCUUUCUACUUGGACACUACAAGUUUGGCAUGAGCAAGAAGGAGAUGGAGCAGGUAGAUGACGCUGUGGCAUCCCGAUACCAGCGGGUACUGGCGGAGUGGAAGGCCUGUGAGGUGGUGGUGAGGCAGCGGGAGAAGGAAGCCCACCCGGCCACACUCACCAAGUUCUCCUCAGGCAGCAGCAUCGACAGCCAUGUCCAGCGCCUCAUCCACCGAGACUCCACCAUCAGCAACGAUGUGUUCAUCUCCGUGGAUGAGAUGGAUCCCCCCGAUAUGGGACCAAAGGGCCCCGAAGAUUCCGUGGCCGACACAAUGCCAACAGCAGGAACGCCAGGCACCGCGAUAGUGGAGCAGCAGCAGUCUGUGGAAUUUGACUCUCCAGACUCAGGGCUGCCAUCUUCCCGCAACUACUCAGUGGCUUCCGGGGUCCAGUCCAGCAUCGAUGAUGGACAGAGUGUGGGCUUUGAGGAAGAAGAUCAAGGAGAGGAUGAAGAGCUGGAUCAAUCUGCUUCCAGGACCCGAGCCUCCCUCUAUGAGCCCCCAGACCCUACCCAGGAGGACACCCCCCAGUCCAGUGAGCUGGGGGCAGGGGAAGAGCUGGCUGCUGUCUGUGCUGCUGCCUACACCAUAGAGUUACUGGACACUGUGGCCUUGAACCUCCACCGGAUCGACAAGGACGUGCAACGGUGUGACCGAAACUACUGGUAUUUCACACCCACCAACUUGGAGAAGCUUCGAAACAUCAUGUGCAGCUAUGUAUGGGAGCAUCUGGAUGUGGGCUAUGUGCAGGGCAUGUGUGACCUGCUGGCACCUCUCAUGGUCAUCCUCGACAAUGAUCAGCUGGCUUAUAGCUGUUUCACUCAACUCAUGAAGAGGAUGAGCCAGAACUUCCCCAAUGGCGGAGCUAUGGACACACAUUUUGCCAACAUGCGUUCACUUAUCCAGAUUCUGGACUCAGAGCUCUUCGAAUUGAUGCACCAGAAUGGAGACUACACUCACUUCUACUUCUGCUAUCGAUGGUUCCUCCUAGAUUUCAAGAGAGAGCUGCUCUAUGAGGAUGUCUUUGCUGUGUGGGAAGUUAUCUGGGCUGCCAGACACAUCUCUUCUGAGCACUUUGUACUGUUCAUUGCCUUGGCCCUGGUGGAAGGAUACCGGGAGAUCAUCCGAGAUAACAAUAUGGACUUUACAGACAUUAUCAAGUUUUUCAAUGAACGAGCAGAACAUCAUGAUGCCCAGGAGAUCCUGAGGAUAGCCAGGGACCUGGUCCACAAAGUACAGACACUGAUUGAGAACAAGUGAAGUUGACAGUGGCACUGGUGAGAGAAGGCGGACGAGGAGGCGACACUGGCCGCCCAGGCCCCCCAGGGUCCAGAGAACCCCAUGCCUCCUGGAGGGGGCAAGUGGAGGGGGUGGCCCUGUUGGGACUAUCAUCACCCUCCCCCCACCAACCUGAACCCCAAACCAUGCUCUUGAGGCAUCUUACAUGUAACACAGACCAAAACAAAAAAAGUAAUUCGGAGAUUGGGAGACUCCAGGCCUUCCCAGGGCUGGCCUAGGGGACCUACCUCUGGGGCAGAGGGAGGAAUGUCUGGGAAUUAUAAAGCUCUCUGAGUCUUGGCUGGGGGCAGGCCACACUGGACCCCUGAAGCCUGAGGCUCAUGACAGAUACUCUUUGGGACAACUACCUCCCUUCCCACCCCCCACCCCAGCCCUAAAGAAAUACCUUUCAGGGUCACCUUAGGAAGACAGGUGCCCCAGGCAAGACCACUACAGGGGGAUCCUGCUGGAGGGAUGUCUUGCCCUUGGGGUCUAGCACCUAGAAAGGGAUAGGCACCCAUGGCUCUCCAAGGACCUCGAAUCUGGCCUGAGAUGCCCCUCCUAGAUAGAGAGGAGAAAGAUUCAGGCCAGACUGGAGGAUGGCUCUGGAGCCUGCAGGGUGACGCUCCCUAACCAAUGCCCUCUGACCCCUGUCUCUUCAGAGAAGCUGGGGGGAGGGAUGGGUGGUCAGGUAGCUGCCCUGCUUGGCAUGGCCAGACUUUCCUGCUGCACAGAAGGGAUGGGUGUUGGCCCAGGCCUCUUGAGGGUGCGAGACAUUCUGGGGCCUCCUUCGUGGGGGGUCUCCUGUAUUUCUGUGCCCAUGUCCUAGUUCCUCAGUGGGACCCAAGAGACCAAUCCAAGGGAUAAUUGGUAGGCAGAGAGGAAUGGGCCAGGAACAGCCUGGAGCUGUCCCAAGGUCCUUAAGCUCUCUAGCAUUACUGCCCAACUUUUAUAACCCCUCCACCAACACACCACCUGCUGCUCCAGGCACCAGCCCCAGUGCACACAAGUACAAGUGUACCUCGCUUUGUGUAUUCAGCUGUCCGUGGUCCUGAAAAACAUGUUAAAAAGAAACCUCCCGAAAGUUCUAAGGAGAGCUUGUUUCUUAAAGGCUCCUAGUGCAAAUCCGUUGGUAAGAGCAAAAGCUUGAGUCCCAGCCUGCUCGUCAAUCCAGAUUUUUGUGUGUCAGAUUUGCUGAAAGCAGCACUUGCCCGUAUGGAGAAGGCACAAGAGGUGGGAGCCCACCCCUCUCAGGGACCCUCCCCCUGGAGCUCCAAAGAAGCCCAGGCUGUUGUCCCAGUGCCCACAGGUGCCUCCUUGUUCCCCUUGAACCCCACUCCAGAACAUCCCCAUGGAGUCGUACCAGGAUGCUGGAUCCUUCCACCGGACCUUGCUGCUCUCUCCCGACCUUGCAGUUGCUUGGCCAAGGCAUUGGGGGAGGGGGAGGUAGGGAGACAGAGAAGCUCAGGGGGCAUGGCCGGAUCACCCCUAGGGUGGGUGAAUGGGAGGGGGAAUGAGGGAGAUUGCCUCUCCAUAUCAGAGCCUUUCUAAGCCUCUAAUUGACUAGCUGAGGCCAGAGCCCAUAGCUGGGGACCCCUUGAGUCCUCUGUAUUCUCAAGUGCCAACACUGCCCUAGGCUUGGAGGGGACCUUGACUCCAUUGGCCCCCACACAGCCGACUCUUUAGAAUGUAGAGAACCAUGAGCAGGGUUCCUAGGGGCCCCCUCUCCGGAAGUCACCUCAGAUCAAGCAUCUCUUAAUCCUGGAGAUGGGAUGGGGGCUAGGCUCCCCCUGCCCCAAUAGUAGUCUCCCCCUGGAGGAAGGCCAGGAAGGGCCCACCCUCCCAGGGCCUCCCUGCCCUUAGCAUGCUCCCUGUCAUCCUGCACCCAGUUUCCUCCUCCUCCACCUUCCACCCACCUGCAGGAGCCAGGUAGGUCCUGUUAGGUGGGAGGGGCAGAGUGAGGGUGCAUUUCCAUCUGGGGCCUUCCAGAGUUCCUCUAUGGGCCUGCGGUGUCAUUUACUAGAAAAGGGGAAAAUGCCCUUCUCUGGGGAGAAGUCUCUCCUAGGUUUGACCCUCCUCCUCUGCCCCCAGACUCUGCACUGCCUGUUUGGGGGCCUGUCCACCCCAUCAUCCCCUCAUGUGCUACGGGCCUCGAAGCUCAUGCUGUCCGCAUGUGUGGUACAUCCGUGAUGCCGCAUGUGCUGCCAUGCACCUACCAUGGUGACUCUGGUGUUUGUGAGGAGUGGGAAGGUUGGCUGGUUUCCUUUUUUCCUCUGGCUCGGAUAUUCUAAUGCUGUCCAUUGUAACAAAACCAAUAAACGCUGAGUUUGGUGA